CAGUUGUUAAAGCUACAGUCAGUCCAUAUCAAGAUGAUCAGAAUCUGCCUUCUUUGGGGACUUCUCUCUCAAGUGUACAUGAUUCAGACUGAAGACACUCCUCAACCAAUACCAGUGACUACUCGUCUAUUUGGAGACACUAUAUCUUUGCCAUGUCCUAAAGUGGAUUCUCAACAAUUCCUGUACUGGUACAGACAAACUGUUGGCCAAUUGCCCCAUCUUGUUGCAUCUGUAAACUAUGCAUCAGGACCUGUACUUAAAGGAGAGUUUAAGAACCCACGUUUCCAUGUGGAGGAAUCUCAAUAUGGGUAUAAUCUCAAAAUCAGAAAUAUCAGCACAUUAGAUGAGGCAACAUACUUUUGUGGAAUUGGGACAAUGUAUGGGAUGAACUAUGGAAAUGCAACAUUUUUGGCUGUGAAGGGACACAAUCAACUUACAUUGCUGCAGCAACCAGUUUCUGACCCAGUCCAUCCAGGAGACUCUGUGACUCUACAGUGUACAGUACUCUCUGAGACCUGUACAGGAGAACACAGUGUGUACUGGUUCAGAGCUGGAUCAGGAGAAUCCCAUCCAGGAGUCAUUUACACCCCUGGGAACAGGAGUGAUGAGUGUGAAAAGAGCCCUGAGACUCCCGCUCCUACACAGAGCUGUGUCUACAGCCUCUCCAAGAACAACCUCAGUCUCACUGAUGCUGGGACUUACUACUGUGCUGUGGCCACAUGUGGGAAGAUCCUGUUUGGCAACGGAACAAACCUAAAUAUUGGAAAAUCGCUGGAUCAUGUAGUCAUUGGACUGGGAGUGACAUCAGUUUUCUGUGUGAUUGUGAUCAUUAUCCUUGUCUUCACCAGAAAUACAAAGCCAAUUUGUGAACAUUGUAAAGUGCGUGUUGCUCAGAAUAUUGGACAUGACAAUUCAACCACUGAAUGUGAUCAGGAACAAGACCCAGAUACCCUGAAUUAUGCUGCAUUGCAUUUCUCUGAGAGGAAAACUAGAAGAGGAAGAAAGAAGAGAGAGACACCACAGGAGAGUGUGUACUCUGAUGUCAGGUACUCAGACUGCAACUGAACAUUGUUUAUGUGCAGAGGAAUGGAUGUAGUUUGGCAGUAAACGUUUCCUAAUAUAUAAUGUAUUUAAAUAGUCAUGAUAUUUUAGCCUCACUGAUACAGUGAAAUGUUGUAUCAUGUGAGACAGUGGCGGAAUUUUCCCUAUACCCAUCAUGACGUUGCUACAACCUAGUGUACRAAUGAAAGUUUAAGAUUUUUUUUUUACCGAAUCGGCGGAAUGAAUACACCCMUGAUCACACGCAGAACUCACUUUCAUAGCCACAUACAAACAGCUCGCUGUAUUCCUUUUCGCAUCUAUGCGCUCUCCUCCUCUCACCUUUUCCCUUCGCUUAUGGACUUCAUAGCACAACACAUCAGCUGUCUGUGACCARGGGAAAAAACCUUUCAAGCCAAACUUUCAUUUCAUAACCUCUACACACAGCCUACAUUGUUGUYACCAUAUUAGCCAAAGUAACGUCAUAGUCAACAUAGCUAAUAGAAUUAACGCGUUAGUUAACCCGCUUGUGAUUAUGCAGUACAAGUCAGUAAGCAGUUUAGUACCUACACCAGCGGGCCCUGUUGGCAAAAAUUAGUAAAACCAAAAGCUUACCUCGACUUGAAAGAGUUACAGUUUUGGGUAGUUAUAGCCAGCUAGCUAACA